CAGAAUAUGACAGAUACCUAGCAUCCAGCAAAAGCAUGGCAGCAGCUUACCUAGAUCCAAACUUGAAUCACACUCCAAGUUCAAGCACAAAGACGCAUCUCAGUACUGGGAUGGAGCGUUCCCCAGGGGCCAUGGAACGAGUCCUAAAGGUUUUCCAUUACUUUGAAAACAACAGCGAGCCAGCAACAUGGGCGAGCAUUAUACGUCACGGGGACGCCACAGAUGUUUGGGGCAUAAUCCAGAAAAUAGUGGAUAGUCACAAAGUUAAGAAUGUAGCCUGUUAUGGUUUGCGUCUCAGUCACCUGCAGUCAGAAGAAGUUCAUUGGCUGCAUCCAGACAUGGGAGUGUCCAAUGUGAGAGAGAAAUUUGAACUAAGUCAUGCUCCAGAGGAAUGGAAGUAAGAU